ACGAUGUUAUCGGAAAGCACACAAGGACAUGUUGGCUGUAGCGCACAAGUACCCAACCACUAUGAAGAACUCAUGCAGAGAGUAUGAAAACUGUCUCUGCAAAUUAAUGCUGCUAAUGCCAAGAAAUCCCUUGCCGCCACCAUCAGCCAGGAGCAGCCCAGAUGAUGAACUGGGGUCAGGAGCAUUUUCUGAUGUCACUUUAUCGCCCAAAUCAUCUCGAGGAGUAACACCACGAGGAAGACUGGAACAGGAUGGUGAUGAUACAGUUAGCAUUCAGAGCCGGAAAAGCUCAAAGAAAGCAGAUAAGAAGGAGAAAGUGGUCUCCAAGAAGAAAGGGGAGGACAAUGAUGAUAAUGUUAGCACUCACAGCCGGAAAAGCGGGAAAAGCACAAAGAAAGGAGAUAAAAAAGAGAAAGUGGUUUUCAAGAGUGAUGGGGAGAACACUGAUGAUAAUGCUAGUCCUCGCAGCCACAAAAGCUCCAAGAGAUCAGAUAAGAAGGACAAGAAGAAAGGAGACAAAAGGUCCUCCAGAAAGAACAAAGCGCAGACCGAGGACGAAGAGAAUUGGAAAGAGCCCCCACCUCCUCCGUUGCCGCCCAUCAUUACGUCUGUGUUUGCCCUGUGUUAUAGUGCAUUUGCCUGACUUUUCUGCGUAUGCAUGCUGGCACUCAUUCUCAUUUGCAAUCUUGCACGGUUCUUGUACGUGACUACUUCGUUUUAAAGUGUA